UAGCAACCCAAGCUCUACUCUAUAAAUACAGGCACUGAUCUUCAAGUCUCACAAUCAACACCCUUCUUGUUCCUUCCUUUCUUUUCCUUUUCUUACACUGGUUCCUGUAAACCAUGGCAGACUCCUACAUGUGUUGUCUGUGUGCUGAUGUGCUGCGGGACCCCAUCACCAUCCCUUGUGGAGAUACAUUUUGCCUGGAAUGUAUCAAGAUCUACUGGGACCAAUUGGACCACCUAGGCAUCUAUAAUUGCCCAGAGUGUAGGGCAACUUUCACUCCUCGACCUGUCCUGCGCCGCAACGUGCCCAGUGUUAGUUCUCGUGAAGACCAGUCACCCUUAACAACGUUAACACCAUUUCCGGACCUCAAGAGGGACUCGUUGUGUGAUUUCUGCACAGGCCGAAGGAACCGGGCAGUCAAGUCCUGCCUGGUAUGCCUGGCGUACUACUGUGAGACGCAUAUCAAGCCUCAUUAUGAGUCAGCCACAUUCAAGCGGCACAAACUGGUCGAUGAGACGGGGCACCUAGAUCGUAAGAUCUGCCCACAGCAUGAGAAGAGCCUGGAGCUGUUCUGCAAAUCGGAUCAGAUGUGUAUCUGUGUUCUCUGCACGGUGAGGGAGCACCGUGGCCACAACACGGUUAGUGCCGAGGACGAACGUGCCGACAAGCAAAAAAUGCUGGUGGUGACCCAGUCCGAAGUCCAGCAUGUUAUCCAGGAGCGCAUGAAGGAACUCCAGGACCUCCGACACAAUGUGGAUGUUCUCAAGGGUAAUGCUCACCGUGCACAAGAGGCCAGCGAUAAGAUCUUCAGCGAGAUGCUGCAGUCUGUGGAGCGCUGGCAUGCUGAGAUUUGUCAGCUCAUUCAAGCUAACCUGCAUGCUGCCAUGGCACAGGCUGAUAGCUAUGUGGAGCGGCUGGAGCAGGAGAUCAUGGAGCUGCAGCGGCGAGACGCAGAGUUACGGCAUAUACUUGACACUGAAGACAACAUAUAUUUUCUACAGAAUUUCCCGGUGCUGUGUAUUGCCCCAGAACCAAUGGUACCCAAAGUCCUGAUCAACCAAGAUUUCUCCUUUGGUGAGGUUACCAAAACGGUGACUGACAUGAAGGAACACCUGGAUGACAUAUGCAAAAAAGAAAUGGACAACUUGUCCAAAAAAGUGAGUGACAUCCCGGUCUAUGUGUUAAUCCCCAGAACUGGCAGUCGGUUUAAAGGAUUAGAUAGUGUUUCCUCUGCACCAACAAAAACUGAUCUUCAAGAGCCCAAAACUCGAGCAGACUUCCUCAGAUAUACAGUGAGACUUACCUUUGACCCCAAUACUGCUUAUAAGGAGUUGGUCCUGUCCGACGGGAACCGCAGGGUCAUUCGGAAACGCAUGGUCCAGUUUUACCCAGAGCAUCCAGAACGCUUUGAUGGUUUUUGCCAGGUCUUGUGUGCUGAGCCCCUGUGUGGUUUCCGUCAUUACUGGGAGGUGGAGUGGAGCGGCGAGUUCUCCGUUGGUGUCACCUACAAAAGCAUCAGCCGCAAAGGCAAGAACUCGCACAGCCUUCUUGGCUACAACGACCGAUCCUGGAGCCUCCUCUGUUCCGACUCUGGAUACUCGGCCUGGCACAACAGGACAGAUAAAGACAUUCCAAGAGCUGCCAGGGCCUCACGCAUUGGUGUGUAUCUAGAUUACGCUGGUAAUUCGGUGUCCUUCUAUGCCGUCUCAGAAAACAUGCAGCUCAUCUACAGGUUCCUAGCCAAAUUUUCCGAGCCACUGUACGCCGGGUUUGGAGUUGGAGCUUCUGUAUCUCUGUGCUCACCAGAGAAGAUCACGCAGCUGUACUCCUGAUGAGAAGAUCGAGCUGACACGUUACUAAACCUGCUGAUGCUAGGACAAGUCGAUGUUCUUUGAAUAUUUAGGACUUUUUAGCUGCCCAGCAGGGUUCUACUUUGAACCUUUCUCAUAAAGGUUACAGGUUCCUCUAAAGCUGAACACUUUAGAACAUCAUUUCUUGGUCCAUUUAUCUAUUGUAAUGGACUAGCAUGCUUACUAGACAGUUGAGUGACAUAAGAUUACAACUGACACAUAAGCAGUGGUGGAAAAUGUAUGGAGAAAAUUGUACUUUGAAAGUGUAUAUAAAUGUGUAAAAUCUUACUUUAAAAUGUAUUCAAGUAUUAAAUACGUAGUUUCCACUGUGUAUAAACAGAUUAAUGUUUUUAUAUAUAUAUAAAACAUGCUGUUUCUAGCUUUUUUUGUAUUUUGACCCAAUUUGUUACAAUUAAAACA